AUGUCAAAAUUAAAAAUGCCCCGUACUACCAGAAAAUCUCUUAAAACUUUACAACAUACAGCAACGGAUACAGAAAAUUUAGUGGGUAGACCUUCAAAAAGUUUAAAACAUCAACUUAUCCAAGAACCUGCAGUCCAUGUUGAAGUAAAAAGGAAAAACUUAUCUACUAAAGAAAUUCAAGUGAAUCUCGAGAAUAAAAUAAGUGCUGACGAUUUGACGAAUCCUGAAGGGGCUUCUGAAAGAUAUUGGCAAAUUUUAGCAGAGAAAAGACAAGUUGCCCUACAAGAAGCUCUUGAGGAGAAUGAAAAAUUACGAAAAGUCAUUGAAGAUUUAAAAGAAGAAAACUCACAGUUUAAACAAAUGUUGGAUGAAGCUAAUAGUUUUGUAGAAGUUAUUAAGGAGGAGCUCGCAAAUAGCAGCAAAGACGACACAGGAAUUGAUGUGAAUGAUGUGAGCACUGCAGAUGAAGCUCAUGACGAUGAUAAUAAUACAGAUUCAUCCGAAAAUUCGAAA